GCAAGAAAAAAUAUCAGUCAUGUUUUUACGAAGCGAAUGGAAAUAUCCGUCCCGAGGGCACCUGCGCAUUGGGCAGUAAUGAGGCUUGCAGAUUCGUAAACACAUGACAGAUAUUAUUAAAAGGAUAUGAUAUAGAUCUUCGGCAGUCUCCGAUUGGUUGUUUGUACGAACUUUAUUUAUUAGCAGCAGGAGAAUGCCGAAGUAACAUCGGGAGAUUUCGUAUUCUCAAGUAAAUUUUUGAUCAUCAUUACGGGUAAGUCACAUUAACAAUUACACAGAAAUCCGAUUAUCUCCCUUUAUACCAAACUGAAAAUGUAAUGCUGCUCAUGUAAGCAUGGUUGCUUAUAAAAUACAAAAGAAAAGAAGACAGCAAAUAUUUUAUUUGCGUGACAUUUACCUUUACAAUUUAUGUAGUGCAUGUACAAUGCAGUUUGGUGAAUGGAAAUUGUAAUAAACACUUGUAAUACGAGGACACUGUUGAACAAACAGGAAGAGAUAAAUAAUUAUAUUUUUUUCGUUUUCAUAAUAAAGGCUUCUGGGACAUGAAACUACUACGUCGAAUUACAUUGACAAUAAUUUUCAUAACUAAGAGUGUAAAAAAAUCACUCGUGGAAUAUUUUGAUUCGAGCAUCAAGGAUGGAAUAUUACGUUAUCAUUUUGAUAUACACGUAUGCUUUUCCAGUGUCGCUUAUUUCAGGUUAUUUAUAUUGUACUUGGGGAUCAUGUUCGGUGACAUGUGGAGCUGGUACACAAAGAGAAAGAUGCUAUAACGAUGGAGGAGGGUAUUAUUAUAGAGGCACUCGUACGUGUAGCAAGGCUUGUUCAAAUGGUGCUUCCUACAGUUCAAUGACAGGAAAAUGUCUGUGUCCUAAAUGGAGAUCAGGCAUCUGUUGCCAAGGUUGUCGGCAUAUAGAUAUUGCACAUUGUGUGUCCGGACAUCAGCAGUGUGGUGGAUCACCUGAUGGUAUAAGAUGUACAAAAUGCAAUGAUCCGUAUUACUCUGGUGGAUACAAUAGGGGUUGCAAAGCCUGUCCUGGUAUUUCAAACUGCAAUCAAAGAUACUGUACAUCAUCUUCAAACACCAGAUGUCGGCUUUGUAACUACGAUCAUAAACUGUAUAAAAGGACACAUUCAAGUACAAAGUGUGAACGUGAGUUAACCCGUCUAUAA